AGCCAUAUUCAUCCUAUAUGUUUAAUAUCCAACAUGGGCGUUUCUUUUGUCGUCUGCAAAGUGUCAAAUACUUUGCGCGCAACAAAAAUGUUUAGGAGCAAUAAUACUUUUUAGCUCUUCAACAUUGGAAAAUUAUUCAUGAUUUUUAUUAUUGCCAAAUGUUUUGGAGUGAACAUAAGAUAUAUAUUUAUUUGAGAAAAUUGCAAUUUUAUUCGGUGAUGGCUAUGAGUCAGUACCAAAAGGCAUCUUUUCAAGGUAUUGCGACUUUGCUCGAAUAAUUAAGUUAACAUCAAAGAAGAUAAGGUACAUGGCUCUUGUGAAAUUGAAAAUUACAAUUUCAUUCGUUAAAAUAAUAUGAAUCCUAUUUAAAUUGAUAUUAAAGUUCUAUUAACAUCACUAUAAAAUGAAAAGGUUAUGCUUUAUCGCGAAACGAAAAUUACAAUAUUAAAGCGUUUUAAAUAAUAUAAUUGUUUAUUGUGUGAAUUAUACAAAGUUAUAAACCCCGAGUGAGCAUUUGCUGUUGGCUUAAAAUGUAUAUAAUAUAAAAAAAAGUGGAUUGUCUUAUUUAAUAUCAGAAUCAGCUGAUUACUACAUUGACAAAGGAUCUCCAAUACAUUCGAUGUUUCACGAAUGAAGAAUUUAUAUAUUUGGUAUUGAAAAUAAUUAUAUAUAUGAAGAAUAUAAAUAUAUAUCAUAUUUUUCAAUAUAUAGUUUCUUUGUUAUUCUAAAAUAAUAAAAAAAAUAAAAAAUGUCAGGAAACAAUUCAGCUAUAGUAGGUACACUUAGAGGUGGUAAUCUACAAAAUCGUAAUUCCCAAAGAUCUACGCUUUUAAAAGUAGUAAUUUUGGGUGAUGGUGGUGUUGGAAAAUCCUGUCUUAUGAAUAGAUUUGUAUCAAAUCACUUUGAUGAACAUAGUUUUCAUACAAUUGGAGUAGAAUUUCUAAACAAGGAUAUUGAAAUUAAUGGAGAAGCAUAUACAUUACAAAUAUGGGAUACAGCUGGACAAGAAAGAUUCAAAACUCUUAGAACUCCAUUUUAUAGAGGCUCUGAUAUUUGCCUUUUAACUUAUGCUGUGGAUGAUAGAACAAGCUUCAAAAAUUUAGCACUUUGGAGAUCUGAAUUUCUUUAUUAUGCUGAUGUUCAAGAAGGAUCAACAUUUCCAUUUAUAGUUGUUGGAAAUAAAGUGGAUGUUCCAGAUUCUGAGAAACAAGUUUCCACAGAAGAAGCUCAAGCUUGGUGUGCAGAAAAUGGAGAUCCUCCUCUAGUAGAAACAUCUGCAAAAGAUGCAACCAAUGUUGAAGCAGCAUUUGGUGCAGCUGUUGCUGCUUGGGCACAACUUGAAGCUAGAUUAGAAAGACCAUUAGUAGAAGAUACUGUUGAUCUUUCCAAACAACAAUCUCCUCAUCGUUCAAGUUGUUGUAUGCCUGUGUCUGGUGCUGAGCUAUGAACGACCAGGAACAGAAGUACAAGAAGAAACGAGUUCAUGAGUAGCAAUCAAACAACAUGAACAAAGGAACUGAAUGAAAAAAAACGAGUCAGCGUACUUUCUAAAGUAGAUUUCUUCGAGAUAGUUUCAGCGGUCUCAUGUAAAUCUAGCAGCUAACAUUCUAUUCUAACUGGUUGCACAAGCAUAGUAUUUAUAAUGACAUCUAAUUUUUAGUUCUCCAAAAUAUGUAAAAUAAUUUUAUAAUUAAUAUAUACUUUCUUUCAUAAUUUAAUCAUAAAUAUAUUGAAUUAAUAUAUUGAAAAAAAUAUUAUCAAUUUAGUUUUUAAUCUAUUUAAUUUAUUAUAUUAUAUUAUUUUAUUAUAUAUUUUUUAAUAAAAUUAUUGAAAUAAAUUAAUUGUAAAAAAACUUUCUUCAAGAAAGUUAAAGAAACAUUUUGAAGUAUUUAACUGAUACGCAUAUUUUCAUAAGAAGCGAAAAAAAAUAUUUACAUAUAAAAAUGCAACAGUCUUAUCUUAUUUGCGAUUGCAGGUGCAUCAGAGAUUUUUUUAAUUUGUAGAAUUACAUUUUUCAUUAAACAAUCGUAGAUAUUUAACGAGAAUGCUUUGAAAUAUAAUCCAUCAUGAAAAUUACAUUUCUUGUUGAAAAGGAAAUAUAAUAUGUUUUGCACCGCAAAUAAUAAUCCGUAAAAACGAGUCACAAAACGCAUCUUAUUCUAUAAACUGCUAAUCAUAUAUCUCCGAUAAAUAAUAUUUUAUCUAAGAUAUUUAUAAUAAUUUUGUUUGAAUAAUAUAUAUAUUCACUUUUCAAAAAUAUAUAUAUUAAUAUACCAGAAAUGAAUUUAUUAUGCAGUUUUUAGAACACGUAUAUAAAGAAAUAUCAUAAUUAUUUAUCAUUGAGAUAAAAAUGUCAUUGGGUGAGGAAUUGUGUGUAAUAGUUUGUAAUCUAUAUAAUUUUAUCAAUAACUAAGCGAAUAUUAUUUUAAGUUAUAUAUAAUAAAAAAUAAAUUAAAUAAAAAAAAACAAAAA